AUGAGUGCCUUAAAACUUUAUUCUUGUACAACACCUAAUGGAUAUAAAUGUUCUAUAUUGUUGGAAUUGUUAGGUAUCAAAUAUGAUUGCCAGUAUAUGGAUAUUUUUAAAAAUGAAACAAAGGAAGAAUGGUUCCUUGAAUUGAAUCCGAACGGAAGGGUUCCAACUUUGGUUGAUUCGAGUGCGGGGGUUACGAUCAGCGAGUCUGGGGCAAUUUUGCAAUAUCUUGUUGAUACUUAUGAUAAGGAGCAUAAAUUUUCCUAUGAGGUAGGCACAAAACAUUACUAUCAUCAGUUAGAAACUUUGUAUUUUCAAAUGGCUGGAGUUGGGCCAAUGCAAGGGCAAGUAAACCAUUUUCUUUUGUAUGCACCCGAGAAAAUUGAAUAUAGUAUUAAAAGGUUUAAUGAUGAAACUAAGAGACUAUUUUCUGUAAUAGAAGAAUACUUGCACAGAAAUAAAGAAAAUGGCCCGUAUCUUGUCGCUAAUCAUUACUGUAUCUCUGACAUUGCAGUAUAUGGUUGGGCAAAGUUUUUAGGUCGUAUAAACAUUGACAUCAAGCAAUGGCCAUUGACCAAUGAAUGGUUUGAAACGUUGGAUGAUUUACCAGAAGUUCAAAGAGGCUUAAUGAUUCAAAAACCUUUUGAGAAAAAAGAAUAA